GAGAGGCGUUUAUCACCCGAAUCCCACCCCACUCUCGCUUUGACGAUCACUUUUUCUUUUAUUUCUGCCCACUUUUCGGCGUCGACAGAAACAGGAGGCGACAGUGCCGGCUCGUUGUCGGAAGACGAGAAGUAUCGAGAGCGUCGUCGUCGCAACAACGAGGCAGUGCGCAGAUGUCGUGAAAACAAGCGAGCUCGAAUGCACAUGCGCGACGAGAUCACCGGUCAGUUGACGUCGGAGAACAUCACUCUCCGUCAGAAGCUGGACGGCCUCAACUCCGAGGUCCAGGCGUUGCGUAACAUCCUCCUGAAACAGCCCAAUUCUCCCGCUUCCAAGUCGGCCGGCCAAAAGCCGACACCCACUCGUCAGCAUCAUCAGCAACCGCAGCAAUUUCAUCACCUUCAACAGCAGCAAAAGCAGCAACAGCAUCAGCAGCAGCAGCAUCAUCAUCAAGAGACGCACCAAUCUCACUCUCACACUCUCGCGUCUCGGCAAGCGCAGUCCGGACCAACGUCGGCAAGUGCCGCCUCGAACGGCCUAUCUCCAGGACCUGCUCUUGCCGAUCGACUUCAGGGUCUUCCGGUUGCCGGGCGACCUGGUGACGCAGGCUCGCGUCUCCAGGGGCCGCACAAGACCGCCUCGUCCAGACGGCCGUCGAAUGUGAUGACGCCUUUUGGGAAGUUGGAGGACUCAGCUCAUCCUCUCGAGGCGUCGGCCACCAGCGCCUGCCUCAGACCCGGUCGACAAGAGGUGGAGCUGGCCAACGGUCUUGUCUAUCACCAGCAACAGACGCCAACGAUUUCAGACCAACAGUACAGAACUGUGUUUCCGGGCGAUUCUUUUUCGCCAGACAAGAAGCCCAACUGUUCCCUUCAUCUGGUCGACGCAGAGCCGAUUGAAUGGGGAACAGGCGGAAAGUCGUACGAUCAAGCACAGGAUGGCGACGACGAAGACGGCGACGAGGAUGACGAGAGCCUCAAGACGGCACCACGACACGCGGAUACCGCGAAGCGGUUCCACUUGGGCCCAAAGACCGACAGAGACCAACUUCACGACCGACUGGACCAACAAGAGGACGACGGCGAUGAUGAACGCGAAGAUGAAGAGGAUGAAGACGACGAGGAGGGUGAGGAGGGCGAUGAAGGCGAGGAGGGCGAGGAGGGCGAGGAGGGCGAGGAUGAAGAGAUGGAAAAGCCGCAUGGCGAGACGCUGGGCCGGAUCAGAAGGGAGACAGGCAAACGAAUCCAAGGGAUGGACUUGACGAAGGAGGACAAAGGAGACAGCAGUUGUGAGGACCAGGAAAUGCAAGAGAUCAAUUGGUUCUCGAAGCACGAGGAUCCCGGACACGAGGUUGACACCACCUCGGUCCUCCAGCCUCCAGUUUGGCUGGGCUCGGACAAUCUGGGAGCCGCACACUGUGCAGCAAACCGUAAUUUAGCUUCGAAAAGUGGCCUCCAACCAAACGCCGACCUCAAAGCGGACUCGGAAUCCCAGUCUGACCUCGAGCACGAACAGGAUUCUGACCUGGACCCCGACCCUCAACCUCAACUUCAACCUCAGCCUCAACUUCCUCCUCAACCUCGACUCACAUCCGGAGCAGAUCUCGAGUCGGAUGCUGAAACAGAGCCAGAAUUGGAGGCAGCCUCACUGGCCUGCGGUCUUCGUCGUGCCAACAAAAUCAAGCUCAAGUGUCGCCGACGCACCACCCUACGGACUGGCGAAGCUGCGAAUGGACGGACAACUGGCGAGUGCAGUGGGCCAACAGGACCGCCGGUCAGCAGUGAACAGAGUCAAGUCUACGCCGUCUGA